GUGACUUUCUGUUUCAGAGAAACUGAAAGUGUUUGACAGUCACACCGAAGAAAGAAAUGGCACAGCAAGAAAAUCAGCCUGACCGACUAAAAUUCUCCUGUUCGAUCUGUCUGGAUCUACUGAAGGACCCAGUGACUUCUUCCUGUGGACACAGCUACUGCAUGAACUGUAUUGAAACUUUCUGGGACGGAGAGGAUCAGAAAGGAAUCCACAGCUGCCCUCAGUGCAGAAAAACCUUCGUACCAAGGCCUGUGCUGGAGAAAAAUAUCAUGCUAGCUGAUUUAAUAGAAGAACUGAAGAAGACUGGACUCCAAGCUGCUCCUGCUGAUCACCGCUAUGCUGGACCUGAAGAUGUGGCCUGUGAUUUUUGUACUGGAAGAAAACAGAAAGCCAUCAAGUCCUGUUUAGUCUGUCUGGCCUCUUACUGUGAGAAACACCUUCAGCCUCAUUAUGAUGUGGCUCCUUUAAAGAAACACAAGCUGGUGGAGCCGUCCAAGAACCUCCAGGAGAACAUCUGCUCUAAGCAUGAUGAGGUGAUGAAGAUGUUCUGCCGCACUGAUCAGAAGCGUAUCUGUUAUCUCUGCUCUGUGGAUGAACAUAAAGGCCACAACACAGUGUCAGCUGCAGCAGAAAGAGCUGAGAGGCAGAGAGAGCUGGAGGUGAAACAAAAGAAAAUUCAACACUUGAUUCAGGACAGAGAGAAAGAUGUGAAGCUGCUUCAACAGGAGGUGGAGGCCAUCAAUCACUCUGCUGAUAAAACAGUGGAGGACAGUGAGAAGAUCUUCACUGAGCUGAUCCGUCUCCUCCAGAAAAGAAGCUCUGAUGUGAAGCAGCAGAUCAGAUCCCAGCAGGAAACUGAAGUGAGUCGAGUCAAAGAUGUUCAGGAGAAGCUGGAGCAGGAGAUCACUGAGCUGAAGAGGAAAGACGCUGAGCUGGAGCAGCUCUCACACACAGAGGAUCACAACCAGUUUCUCCUCAACUACCCCUCACUGCCAGCACUCAGUGAGUCUACACACUCAUCCAGCAUCAACAUCCGUCCUCUGAGACACUUUGAGGACGUGACAGCAGCUGUGUCAGAGCUCAGAGAGAAACUACAGGACGUCCUGAGAGACUCAUGGACAAACAUCUCACUGAUGGUCACUGGGGUGGAUGUUCUACUGGCAGAACCAGAACCAAAGAGCAGAGAUGGAUUCUUAAGAUAUUCAUGUGCAAUCACAAUGGAUCCAAACAUAGCACAUACACGGCUGAAACUAUCAGAGGGGAACAAGAAGGUGACUUGGAUGGAUCAACCUCAGUCUUAUUCCAGUCAUCCAGACAGAUUCGGUGACUUGUUUCAGGUUCUGAGUAAAGAGAGUCUGACUGGAUGUUGUUACUGGGAGGUUGAGAAAACAGAGACGGGGGUUCAUUUAGCAGUCGCAUGCAAGAAUAUCAGCAGAACUGGGAUGGAAAGUAGAUUUGGAUGUAAUGAUAAAUCCUGGGCUCUAUAUUGUCAUCAAAAUGCUUAUUAUUUUUGGCACAACAGCAUCUCAACCUUCAUCUCAGGUCCAGUUUCCUCCAGAGUGGGAGUGUUCCUGAAUCACAGAGCAGGUAUUCUGUCCUUCUACAGCGUCUCUGAAUCCAUGACUCUGCUGCACAGAGUCCAGACCAGCUUCACUCAGCCGCUGCUGGUUGGACUUCGAUUUUUCAACUGUAGUGAAACUGCUGAAUUUUGUAAACUAACAUAGAAAGCUCCUCUCCCUUUGGGUUGAAAGUUCAGCUAUAUUGAUUCUGCUCUCCAGUUCUCAAAUUAACAUUUUCAACCUUAUGCUUCAUCUCUAAACUUCACAUAAAUUGUCACACCCUUAUCUUUUAAUUUGUUAAGUUUGCUUGUUUCGUUGAUUAUCAUAAAAACUGUUGUCAUAGCGAUAAACAUAGAGGCUACUGUCUCAUUGUGAACUUUAGAUGACAUCAUAUGUUUUUUUUAAUAAGGAUAAAAAUUCAUGUAUCUCUGUUUAGCUUUGUUGGGACAUUAAAAUAUUUGAUUCCAGAUUUCAAUAAAACAUCUUUAUAGACAAUAA